AUCUCUCUCUACCGAUUUUGUCUCUCUCCUCCCCCUAUAGAUUUUCUCUCUCUUCAAGACAACACUCGGCGUGUCUCCCUCUCGCUCCACCUGCUUAAACUAGUGUCUCUCUCUAAAGACUUUCUCUCUCUUCAAGCCUUGCGUCUCUUUCUUUCUCUCUCUAUAGCUCUUUCUUUCUCUCUCUAGCUGUUUCUCUCUCUAGCUGGUCCUUAUGUCCGAAGCAGGAAGGGCAGGCGCUCCCGCUUUUAAAAACCUUUUGGCCUCUGACCCUGCACCACAGUUUGGUUUGGUGUUUAGAGAGAGAAAGUUGCAGAGCCCAAACAGGUUAGCAGAGUCUCAGUAAAAGGAGCAGAGGGAGAGACAGUGUUGCAGGUUGAGUUUUUCGGGUUGUUAGCAAAAAGAGAGAGAAAUCAACAAACCCAUUUACGUCUUUACGGAGAGAAACAAACAAACCCAUUCACGAUUUUUAGAGAGAGAAAAGGGGGCUAUAAUCCUUCAUGGACCAACAAUGGCGGCUUCACCAGUCAGAGCAUCAGCAGGAGCAGAGCAACCAGCCUUCUGCAAAGCUCUUGAAGCUCUCAGAUGAAGCAUCAGAGGCACCCCCCUCUGCCCUCCCCCUAUUCGUACGGGAUUCAACUUCCGUUCUCUCUCUAUCGGACGCCUUCAAAUCACCCAGGUUGGGGGUUAUGGGCCAGGUUUCUCGUUCUCCAUUUAACAUGGCGCAAUGGCAUGAGCUUGAGCAACAGGCAUUGAUCUUCAAGUAUAUGAUGGCUGGAGCUCCUGUUCCUUUAGAUCUGGUUCUUCCCAUAAGGAGCAGCGUGCUUGGAUUGCCUUCUUUCUAUCAUCCUUAUCACCAUUAUCAACCAAGCAUUUUGCAAUUUGGGAGGAGUAUAGAUGCAGAACCAGGAAGGUGUAGAAGAACUGAUGGUAAAAAAUGGAGAUGCUCAAGAGAAGUGGUUAAUGGACACAAGUACUGUGAGCGCCACAUGCAUAGAGGGAGAAACCGUUCAAGAAAGCCUGUGGAAACUGUAGCAAAUGCUACUGCUUCAACUACUGCUACUUCUACUAUUCCUAAUAAUGUUACUGCAAGCAAUAGCAAUGGCAAUAUCAGUAACAAUCCCCCUUCAAAGCCCUUCACUCUAUCACCCUCCAAUUCCAACCCACUUCAUCAACCAAGGUAUGCCUCUGGCCAAAAUUCUGGCAGCUGGUUGCCAGAAAACUCGUUCUCAGGCCGUGAACCUGCCGGAAAAGCUGAUGGCCAGAUCCUCCGCCACUUCUUUGAUGACUGGCCAAGAUCCUCCGGCCACCAGAACCCGACCAACCCCAACACGGACUCGUCCUCUUCGACUCACCUAACGAUCUCUAUUAGAGCCUCUGCAAAUCCAUCUUCUGACUUCUCUCUAAAGCUCUCCACUGGUGAUUCUCUCCUCCCUUCAAACAAUGAAAAUGGAAAUAGGCCGACCGAGAAUUGGAUGGUGUGGGAAAGCCCUCUGGCCGAGGCCCUGAGGUCUUCGACUUCGACCCCUACUCCAAGUGAUCAGAUUAAGGGUGGUUCUCUUUGGAAUAGUACCAACAGCUUGAGCACCACAACUAACAGCAACAGUUGUAGUAAUAGAAAUGGAGCUUCAAUGCCUAAUUCGACCGCGACUACUCCGACUUCAACUCGGGUUGAAUCUUCCCCAACGAGUGUUUUGCACAAGCCAUAUGGGUCGAUCUCGGAAACGAGCAGUGCCAGUACUUGAGGAUGGUGGCAUGGUUUUUGUUUGGUUUGACACCUCUCUCACUGUCUCUACAUGAACUUGGAGCUCAUGAAUUUUAUUUGUUUCUGUUUCUUGUUUCUCUCCCUCUGUGUGCACUAGCUUUUGGUCACAACUACUAGGUCAUAUGGGGUUUCUGUUCAGUUUGGGCUCUCUCUCUCUCCAGGAUUUCUGAGGCUUCACUGUGAAAGCUCCGUCACUCUCCCUCACUAUAAUUUCUUUUUUUCUGGUGUUUUUUCUAUCUCUAAUGUACAUUGCUGUCUGACCAGGUUGAGUGGGUGUGACUUUGGCUCAGUUUGUCAAACUUGAUUUUGGUGUUUGUUUUGAGCAUCACCAAGAUGCUUAUUGUUUCUGGAGUUAUCACUUAUGGAUAUUUCUUGUUUGAUUUUCAGCCGUCGAAACUGCAAAAUUCUAAAUAUUUUGCUGCUAAUUUGCUUGUAUCCCAUGCUUAGCUUUCUGUUGAUUGUAGUUUUGGAUUAAACAUUACUGAAAGGGAGUAUGUUUUUCAAUUGUUUCA